AUGUCGAUGGACUCGAACCCUGUUCCGGGGUUGCCUCUUUUAACCGAAAUAUUCUGCAAUGUGACAAAAGUUAAAAAGAAGAAGUUGGCUACUUGCGAUUUUCCAGAUGCUCUUUAUACCAAGAAAAGUUUUUAUGGAGGUGCGUUUGUUGAAUGAUUUGAUUUUAAAUUUGUAAUUUUGAACUUUGAUUAAAGGAAUUCCUGGUGCCGGGUUGGGAACUAUUGAAAUUCUGCUGGUUGCCAUUUUCGUGAUUUUGAGUUUUAAAAUGAAAAAUGAUAUCACAAAAUGUUUCUUGACUGUGGUUUACAUCCCGCUCGGAAUCUCAUCGAUUUUCAAAAUGGCUUGUGCGCUUUAUGGAACACUUCAAGGUGCCUAUGGAACAUUGUAAGAUUACAAAUUAUGAUCUUGUCUCAAAAAAUGAUUAUUUUCAGCUAUAUGACCUUCUUGAUGUUUUAUAAUUUUUUCUACAUGGCAACUGUUGUUAUUGUUUCAAUCGGUUCGGUUAUAUAUUUGUCUGGAAUGAUUGUGAUCGCUAGAAAGCGUCAAAAUUUUGAAAUGGGAUCAAUGUGGCCAUCAUUUUGUCCACUUCUUCUAAUUGGACUUCUCCUCUCUGGAUCAUAUACUUUGGUGUUUUCGAAAUUCAAUCAACUCCCAGCGGCUGCUUUGUUCUUCUGUUUCAUGCUUUCAACAAUUGCGGUUUUGGUUUUACUUUUGGUGGUAAGUGGUUACUAAGUUUUUGACUAUUGUGAAUGGCUUUCUUCUAGUCAAUCUGUGUUGGUUUCAUUUGCUCAAAACCAAAAAAAUCCGAUGCUGCUGCAAAUAUCGCAGUUGAUCCAGUCAUUUAUGAUGCAAGAAGUCGUCUAGGAUUUGGAGCUGGUUUUGUUAUUCUCAUGAAUAUCCCCGUUUGGUUUGAACUUUGUGAGUAGAAAAAGAUUUCUUUUAAAAUCCGUGCAAAACUCUUAAACUUUCAGACUACAAAAUCACUGAGUUGUUCUGCCCAUAUCUUUGGACUGACGAUGCUGAAAAGACAGUCUUCUAUCGAGCCCAAUCGAUUGAAAUGUUAACAAUGGACACAAUUCGUAUAUUUAUGUCUCUUUUCCUUCUUAUUGCCAUGUUCCUCAAUUCAUCAACUCGUUUUGCAAUUCUUUCCUGGAAACAUCAUUCAUUUUCUAAGAAAAACCAAAAGAUCUUCAUCGCAACUCAAAAAAUUCCACUUCUUCAAGAAAACGACAAGAAACCUGAUCCACCAGUUGAAGUCGCACCUCCUCCGCCACCAGCUACAAUUGUUCCACCACCAAUUCAAGCUCCAAAUCCUCAACAACAAUUUGCAAGUGGAAUGAGUUUCCAACCAGGAAUGGUUCAAUUCCCACAACACAUGCAGACCACAAUUGUUUAUACGCCAGGAGUUCAUCCAUCGGGAGCUGGUGGAAGUAUGACAAUUGGUGCAACUCCACCAGGAUUAAUUGUUCCUGAGCACAAAUAA